UUUUAUAUAUAUUGAAAUAUUCCCAUAUGUAUUGUCUUAGCUAAUAGCAAUUGUUCUCCAUCUCCCAUUUGCUUCUCCAACAUCUUCCUUUGGUUUCACUCAAAGAACACCAACCUUAGUCUUUAGUCGAACUACUGAACUCAAUCACUUGUUAUUUACUCUACAAUUUUCUAUCAAGGCUCGUCCUACGUCCUACCUACCCUAACAUAAUCGUCACGACCCAAAAUUAUCAAGAAAAUGGAUCAAUUGCAACCACAACAACCAGUUCAAGUUUAUCCUAACAAUCCAAACAAUUUCCCUAACCAACCAAACAAUAUGCCAAUGACUCAAUCCUCUUCUUCUCAUAACUCAUCCAAUGGUUCAUUUGUGAGUGUUUUUGUUGUCCUAGCUAUUGUUUUUGUCAUAUCUGUUAUUGCUUGUGUUGUGGGACGUUUAUGUAGCAAGAAAAGCAAUGGAGCUAAUAAGGUGAAGAAAAGUAGUCAUGGUCAACCACAAAAACAAAAAGAGGGAAAACAUAAUAAUAAUAAUAAGCACAAUGAGUUUCACAAUAAAAGAGGAGGAGGGGAUAUAGAAUUUGGAUUUGAUAAGAAAAUUGCAAGUUCUAAAGUGGCUGCAGCACAUGGAGAUAAUCAUUAUAAGGGGUCUAAGCCUCAUAAGAAUACUAAUGGAGGAGUUAGAUUUUCUGAUAAUCAUAUUGAUUUCAAGCUUGGUCCAUGAAAACUAGUUGUGUUCAUAGAGGAACUCUCUCUAUGUACUAAUUACUUUGGUAGUAGUUUUAAUUUUAUUUUGUUAAAUUUUUAAGUUUUUAUUAACAUGGAGGAAGGGGAUAGAAAGGUAAAGGGAUCGAGAAUCGCAGAUCGAUUGUGUGAAAAACUUUCAUCGAUAUCACCAGACUAUAUGCUAUAAGGGUGAUUACUCCUUUGUGUUUUUCUUUGUUGGUUAAUUGUAGCUUUGGGCCUGCUUUUUAUUUUAUUUCUGUGCUUAUGCCUAAUGCAACAUGAUUGCUGUGAUUGGGAUUGUCAAAGUGUAGUAUUUUCAGUUUAUCAUCAAUUGGAAUAUAUGGUUGGGUGGUUCAAGAAAAUCCA